GCUGAUGAGCCUUUGCCACGGAAGUGCCCUGGAGGAAAUCUCGGGAGAUGUGGUCGAGCUCGCCGUGAUCGACGUGAUGGGGCUGGAUAGUCAGACUUUGAACCACCUCUGGGAAUGCAGCGAGGUCCACAAGUUCAACCGUGUGGAGGUAUGCUUGCACCUGCUGCAGACGCUGAUCACCAAGGCUUUGGACGAUGGUGUUUUGAAGAUCCCACCGCCAAUUCUGUCUCGUGUCUAUCAGACAAUCUCACGAGGAUUCGUGAACUUGCUGAACACGAAAAAGAUCACCGACACAAAGUUCCCAUAUCCAUUUGCCCAGAUCAUCGCAAUUUUCCUGCUUGUUCACAUACUUCUCACCCCGGCUUUGAUUUCUGCCUCUGUCCCGAGCAAAGUCCUCGCGCCACUGUUCACAUUCUUAGCUGUCUUCGGCAUGUUCUCCCUGAACUUCAUCUCGAUGGAGCUGGAGAACCCAUUUGGUCUGGAUGCAAAUGACCUCCCGCUGGAGCACUUUCAGCAGGAGAUGAACGACUGUCUCCUGAUGCUCCUGCACCCGAACACAGAUCUAGUUGCAGAGGUGGAUCCUUCUGGCAAGCUGGACUUCAACGUCCUCUACAGUGAGAUUCAUCCCACCGAAGUACAAGAUGGUGCCAAGCGCAGCAGAAGAAUCUGGAGUGUCCGGGAGCUCGCCAAGGUUGCGAACGAGACCGAUCAAGAGCGAUCGGCGCGAGCGGAGAGCGAACCAAAGGUGGCAGUGGUACCAACAACUGAGGAAACGCAGACACCAACGGCUGUUGUCGUGGCGGCCACUGGUUCAGCGGAACCCGCAGCGUCGGUACCUGUCAAGGUGGAAGAUAUUCAGCCGAUGCUUACAAAGAGCAUCCUGGAGUUCAAUGAUUGCCUGCGACAGUGGACAGGCACACUGAAGACCCAGAUGGCAGAUGCCAACAAGGCAUGCAAAGCUCUAGCCACCUGCAGCGAGCGCAUUCCUCACCUUGUCAAAGCCGCGGAGGCUCUGGCGAAGGACUCCAAUAGCCUGGACACCAGGAGCCCUAACCACUGGGAUGCCGGGCUGCUGGACCUCACGCACAUACAGCUCUAG